CCCUUUCCUCCGUGCUUACUCCCGCCCCCCUCCCGGCCGGAGAGGCAGGUCGGAUUUCACAUCCGCGACGUUAUUGAGAGAGAGUGCUGGGUGGAGGUUUUCCACUCAACAGUGCCAACAACUCGCUGUUUGCGCUCGACAUGUAAUAAAAAUGGCUGAGAGCUCAGAUUGGGUGGAGAUCAUCGAGCCGAGGACGAGGGAGCGUAUGUACGUUAACCUGGUGACGGGGGAGUGUGGCUGGGAUCCGCCCCAGCAUGUGCGUGUCAGGCAGUCCAGCGACAACCAGUGGUGGGAGCUGUUUGACCAGAACAACAACCGGUUCUAUUACUACAAUGCCCUCACCAAGCAGACCGUGUGGCAUCGGCCGCAGAACUGCGACGUGGUCCCGUUGGCGAGGCUUCAGGCCAUGAAGCGCAAUUCCCAGUCGGACAGCAGGAGCCAGUCGGCGGGGGAGGGAGCGCAGAGCCCGAGCGCUCACAGUGCCGAGGGUCGUGCUUUGUCCGCCCAGCUGCCAAGGCCGCAAGGUCCGGAGAAAGGGGGUGAGGCUGCUGGCACCGCACCUGAUCACCAGGAGUUGGUGAACAGGAAGGAAAUCGCAAGAACAAGCUCCACCUGGCAGCCGGCCCCGGGCACCAAGGCAUCGAUGCUGGUGAAAGUGGACAGUGGGACGAGCUCGGUUUCCUCGCACGGCUCCGCACCUCAGCCACAGAACUCCCCGACGGUCUCCGUGCAGAAGGUCCUCGCGGUCAAGUCGUCGGCCCAGGCUCCGGCUCCGGCCCAGCCUGGGGGCAAAGUCUCUUCCCCCCUCGAGCCCAAGCCGUCCCUGCACCUGAAGAAGACGGAGAACGGGGGCUUCUGCCUGGUGCUGGCGAACGGCCCACAGCACCAGACCCCCCACAAGACCCAGCCUGGGCAAAGCCAGCCGCUGUCCCCAAGGUGUGCCUCUGCCGCUCCCAUAUACGAUGAGCCCCCCAUCGAGUCGCCCAUCUACGACGAGCCCCCGAUGGAGGUGGAUCCGGAGGGAGCCUCUCGCGGUAAAGCCGCAGCCCAGAAGGUGGGCGGGCAAGCAUCGCAGAGAGGGCCGGCAAAGCUGCUUCACAACCCUGCCUUUCAUCCACAGGGCGUCAAUAAACACGCCAGGAAAGGGUCCAACACUGAGUACAGCCCGGCUGGGAGAGAGUACAUCAAGCAGAUGGUCAACAUUGACCCGGCCUCCAAACAGGCCUCGUCUCCAAAUGGGACAUGCGAUAGUGCUGGGAGAGUCCUCGCUGGUCAUCUACUGGCCAAGGACAGUAACAAGCAGCAGUGGAAGAACCUGGACAUGAACUCGUUGAAGAGUAACGAGGUGCACAGCCGGCAGAGCAGCAUGCAGUCGCAGUCGCACGAGUACCCCACCUCGGUGAUCAGCCACCAGGACUCGGGCUACUCCACCGGCCCCUCUCCCAGCCUGAGGAGGAGGAAGGGCAGGAGGACGGGGGUGGGGCAGGCCCGUCCCGGCUCCCUGGGCAGCAGCAGCGAGCUGAACAUCCUGAACGAGAAGCUGAUGGCGGAGAUGCGGGCGGUGGUGGGUCGGGCGGUGGAGAUCCGGGGCAGCCAGGCCAGCCUGAACGCCGACAUCGCCGAGAGCUGCAUCCUGGCCGACAUCCACAAGAUCCGCCUGCAGUCCGAGGGCCGCCACCUGCGGCAGUACGCCAGCCACGGCUCCAAGGACAACAUUGUGGCCAGCAGCAGGUCCCUGCACAAGCUGGGCGCCGACAUCCGGGCCUCGGUCGACAGCCAGUUGUCAACCCGACAGGAGGUAGUCCGACAGAAGAGAACAUUUGAAAAGGUGGAUUUUUCCAGCAAUUCAUUGGAAAGAAGCAUCACCAGCCAGAUUAGCCUUUCUUUACCGAGCCCCGUUCGAAACACGCAGCAGAUCCAGAAUGCAGGCAGCAACGUUAAACUUAACUCAGGUGGACAGACUUGCAGCGUGGGCUAUCAUUUUCCUUACACUACUUUACGUAAACCCCUUGCAGCGAAGAGCAUGGAAGACUGGGCGGCCAAGCACCUGAACAUGCACACCCGGGGCAUCUUCCGACGCAGGCUGUCCAUCGCCAACAUGCUCUCCUGGGUCGGAGGGUCCAUCAAGAAGCCCAUGUUGGUCACCAGCGACCGGGUCAUCAAGAAAGACGCCUGCGAGCUCUUCAAGAUGGUGCAGAUGUACAUGGGGGACAGGCAGACGCGCAUGGAGAGGGUUCCCAUUGCCCUCAUGCUAGUCACCAAGUGCUGGACAAUGCAGGGCGUCCGAGAUGAACUUUACAUCCAGCUGUGCAGACAGACUACGGACAACCUCUGCUACCAAAGUCUGGCCAGUGGCUGGGAACUCAUGGCCAUCUGUUUAGCCUUCUUCUCCCCGUCACCCAAAUUUCAAUCUUACCUGGAGGGCUACAUCUAUCGACACACCGACAUUGCUAAUGAUGUGAAAAUAACCCAACGUAUCAAUGAACUAAUGGAAAUGAAAAAUAAGAAGUUCUCAAAGUCAAGGAAGAAGAGGAAACAGAAUAUCGAGGAGGAAGAAGAUCUACUUAUCAGCACGUAUGCAAAAUAUUGUUAUCGCAAGCUUCAGAAGGUUGCAGUGACCGGAGGAAAGAAGGGUCUGAGGAAGCCAACCAUUGAGGAAAUCCAUCACGCAAAGAACGCCAUCGUCACGCCGUCCAUGUUUGGCAGCUCCCUGGAAGAGAUCAUGGAAAGACAACGCGAGCGCUAUCCAGAGAAAAAGCUGCCCUGGGUUCAAACCCAUCUGUCCAACAAAGUGCUGGGACUGGGCGGAGCGCAGGUUGAAGGCAUCUUCAGAGUGCCUGGAGAUAUCGAUGAAGUAAAUGCACUCAAACUGCAGGUUGAUCAGUGGAGAAUCCCCGACAAUCUUGCUGAUCCCCACAUACCAGCCUCGUUGCUCAAGCUGUGGUACCGUGAGCUGGAAGAGCCCCUGAUCCCACAGAAGUACUACCCACAGUGUGUGAACAACUAUGAGAACCCAGAGGCUGCUGUUGCUGUGGUCGCUUCUCUGCCCGACAUCAACCGCCUGGUCCUCGGUUACCUCAUCCACUUUUUACAGAUUUUUGCACAGCCCAUCAACGUGAGCAAAACCAAGAUGGACGUCAACAACCUGGCCAUGGUGAUGGCUCCCAACUGCUUGCGCUGUCAGUCAGACGACCCGCGCAUCAUCUUUGAGAACACGCGCAAGGAGAUGUCUUUCAUUCGCCUGCUGAUUGUGCACCUGGACACCAGCUUCAUCAAGGGUGACCUGUGAGAAGCCCAAUGAGACUCAUGACAACAUAUAUGCACGCGCGCACACACAUACACACAUGCCUGUUUACUCUGGCGUUCCCCUUCAACGUGUGCGUGUGUUUGCUCCUUGGUUCUUCUCCCUUUAAAAUGACUUCCCUCUUCAUCAAUAGGCAGACAUUCAUUGCAAGCAAAGAUAUUGCCUCCAUUUUGGUACCUGGGAGACCCGUGCCUUAGCGCUGUUGACUUUUGGUUCCAUUUCUCUCACAAUGAUGCAGGCUUGAAUCUGGGGAGAGUCUGGGACUGAAGAGCCACUGUGGAUAUGGAAUUUAUUAUCUAAAACUGCCAACUCAAAGAGAUUUCACUCCACGCGCAAGAUAGUUUAUUUCUCCACAGAUCAGAAUUCAAAGGUGCCUUGUUCUGGAGAAAGCCACGUCAGAAGUUUGGAUUUUGUAUUGCAAUGCACACGGCAGUGUGCUCCAGCGGGAUGUAACAGUGGUUCUUCAGUCUUCACAAGGACCAAGGUGGAACAACAUUGUA